AUGCGCACCAAGUCACCUGUCAUAUGACUGCGCAUGCGCACCAUUGUCAUGCUCUGUCUGAAGGAAUUUCGGAGAGUUUGGAUCAGCGCGAACAAUAAACGCUUUCUAAAGACGUAGACCGAUCGAUCCCAGUCUUAUCCUUAUCCUGUCCCGGAAUCAACCUCAACCCCAGAGCGUAGAGCUUAAGGCCACAGGAGGGGCAGCAAACUUGGACACCAGCAAGAUGGCAGACAUGACAGUGGAGGACAUCACAUUGAGAGCCAACCAUGUUACAGAUGAGUCACUUGAAAGCACUAGGCGGAUGCUACAGAUGUCAGAGGAGAGCCGCGAGACCGGUGUCAAAACAAUGACCAUGCUGGAUGAGCAGGGAGAGCAACUGAGGCGAGUCGAUCAAGGAAUGGACCAGAUCAAUCAGGACAUGAGGCAGGCUGAGAAGAACCUGACUGAUCUGUCCAAAUGCUGUGGCCUGUGCGUGUGCCCAUGUGACAGAGUGACUUCCAUUGAGCAUGAUGGGAGAUAUAAGAAGACUUGGGGCACAGGUAGUGACAACUCCAGUACAGACAGAAAAGAGGGUGGUGUUGUAUCCAGCCAGCCUACUGGUGUUCGCAAUGGACAGGCUGUUUCGGGUGGGUCAGCGGGUGGAUCUGGCCCCUACAUCAAGAGAGUAACAAAUGAUGCACGAGAAGAUGAGAUGGAGGAGAAUCUGGAGCAGGUGGGCAGCAUCAUCGGGAAUCUCAAGAAUUUGGCCAUGGAUAUGGGCAAUGAGAUCGACAAACAGAACAAAACCAUUGACCGCAUCACUGAUAAGGCUGAUAUGAAUAAAGCUCGCAUUGAUGAAGCCAACCAGCGAGCCAACAAACUUCUGUAGAGAAUGGACACUGCCAGCAUCGCUCAGGAGCCUGAUUGUUUGAUCUCUCUCUCUCUCUCACACACACACACACACACACACACACACACUUUCUGCUUCACAGCAAUGAACUGCAGCAAGUGAGUUAAGUUCUUCCAAUG